AAGUGGACUAUAGUAAACCUGGCUGACCUGUUUCGCAAAUCCGAUUGUUAUUUUGGAAAUGAAAGUCAAAUGGGACGGAUGUGUGUGAACAGCACAUUGUGUUAGUACUUCGUUUAGUAGUAUAUACUCGAGUAUUUAUAAGUCACGCUAUAGGAAUGGACUUAAAACUUCUAUGAUACAGACAGUGGUGAUUUGAUUGUGAACUGUCGCAGCUGCCGCCGAUUCGGUCUGUCAGUUGGAUUUUUUCCUCGCAUAUAUACAUCCAGAAGUAGAUUUUUGACAACGAUUUAAACCGUGUGAAAAUAAUACAGUGUGCCAACUAGCUUGGACUUUAGAGUUGGAAUUUCCCAAAGAAAAAUUCCAAUUUUGUUCCGGUGUGUCCAGAGAAUGAAAAUAAGGUAGCGGGGUGGAAGCAGACGACAAAAAGGAGACGUCGCCAAUGUCGGUGGAUAUACUACCCCCGAAGUUUUCUCAGAUUCCCACAGCUUUCACCUACCCCCAUCUACAGCAAAUGAAGGAGGCACGAGCCCCCUCCCCGUUCGUCGUACAUGGGGGGGUCAAGAUUGACGAUGCUAAUACCAAAGUCAACAUCAACAACUUUGAUCCCAACUACAUUGUGUACGACCCAACGUCAGACACAACCUACAUCAGGGGCCGACUGCUCGGGAAGGGUGGUUUUGCAAAAUGCUACGAACUUCUGGAUUUGAAUACCAAUAAAGUGUACGCUGGAAAGAUCAUUUCAAAGCAGCGACUCACUAAACCUCAUCAGAGACAAAAGAUUGCCAGAGAAGUCGAUUUGCAGAGGGACCUGUCGAAUGAUCAUGUUGUGGGCUUUCACAGUUACUUUGAGGACGAAGACAAUGUGUACAUUGUGUUGGAGAAUUGCAGUAGAAAGUCACUGGUUCACAUGUUGAAGCAGAGAAAAACUCUAGCGGAACCGGAAGUCCGUUACUACCUGAAUCAGCUGGUGGAGGGAGUCAAGUAUAUCCACAGCAAAAACAUCAUUCACCGUGAUCUGAAACUGGGCAACAUGCUGCUGAAUGAAAAGAUGCAACUCAAAAUCGCAGAUUUUGGAUUAGCCACAAAAAUGACAUACGAAGGCGAAAAGAAAAUGACUGUUUGUGGAACUCCUAAUUACAUUGCCCCAGAGGUUCUGCAGAAACGCGGUCACAGUUAUGAAGCAGAUGUUUGGGCAAUUGGAUGUGUUGCAUAUGCCUUGCUAGUCGGACGACCUCCUUUCGAAACCUCGACCCUAAAAGAAACUUACGUCAGAAUUGCGAACAACAAUUAUACCCUCCCGCAAACCAUGUCAGUUCCCGCGCAGAACUUUAUCCGCCAGUGCCUGAAUCACGAGCCCGAACUUAGACCAAGUCUUAACGAGCUCGCUAACCACGAAUUCUUCAGCUCUGGUCUCCUGCCUAGGACUCUUCCGUCCUCUUGCUGUACCACCGUGCCAAAAUUCCCCGUGUACACCAAGUUUAACAGACCAAAGUCGUAUGCUGUCCCAGACAAACCGGAUGUUGUGGAACGUGUGACGUCACCACUCCGAAACAUCGAAAUCCAGACUGAUCCCAGACAUGAACGACAGACAACUGAGCUAGCAGAGCGCAUCGCUUCCCCUCCCCCUUUUCCCUCAGUCAAGUCCCCCAUCACGGUGUCUCCGCCGACUUCUUUCCCGACCAUGAAGUCUCCCGUCAGAGAAAUGGUCGGUGAGAGAGGCAACCGUUCAGAAUCACCCCCAAGUAGAGAAUCAUCUCCGAAACCUCGCUCAGCAGUCACACUGCUUGAUGUUCUGAACACCUGCUUGGAACACAUGCCCAAAGAUGUCCGUGAAAAUCCCUCAUCCAUAUCGGAUUCCAAUAUCGUCUGGGUGACCAAAUGGGUGGAUUAUUCCAACAAGUACGGUUUUGGAUUCCAGCUCUCCAAUGACGUCAUAGGUGUUCUGUUUAACGAUACUUCCAGAAUCGUGAUGUCACCAGAUGGAAGGGCCGUUCAGUAUUUUGACGUCACAAACAAGUCGUCAUCAUACACCGUGGAGUGUGUCCCGGAGGAAUUGGAGAAGAAAACCACCCUCCUUCUGUACUUUGCCCGCUACAUGGACGAACACCUUAUCCAGGGAGGUCAUGUUGAGCUUUCCAAAGACUCGGACGAUUCCUGGUAUGGGAACGUUUACCUGAAGAAGUGGUUCAGAACCUCCAAAGCCAUUGUCCUCUAUCUUAGUGAUGGAACCCUGCAGGUUAAUUUCUUCGAUGAUCACACCAAAAUCAUAAUGAGUUACAUGAAGAAUGACUACUAUGUGACCUAUAUUGACCACGAGAGAACUGCCAACACCUACUGCAUGAUGCAAAUCAUCCAAGAUGGCUGUCGCAAGGACAUAGUGCAGCGAAUGGUCUUCGCAAAAACGAUGCUCAAAAACUUAGUGGAUAUCGAGGGAGCGGAUAUUUAAGACGACUUUCUGAUAUCAGCUGGAUAUAUAUUAUUAAUAUAUCAAAAGUGCCUCUGAUAUCAAAAUAUCACGUCCCGUUUGUCUUUCAAAGGAGAAUUUAUUGAAAAUUUAUCAGUCAAACCUUAAUAUAGGCAUUAUACAAGCCAUGCAGUGUAGACAGUGUGCCUAUACGUGUCUAUUAUUAUAGACAAUUUAUAGUCUCUUUUUAGUGCCUUGUUUGUACAUUGAAAAGAUCUCAGACAGAUAACCGAUUUUCUUACUGAAUUGGUGCAUAAUAAUUAAUUAAUAUCUAAUUAAUUAGCCUAGAUUAACAGUAGUUUUAAAAACGAAUCUAACCUUCUAUAGUAUAGAGAAAUCUAUUGUACAGUGGUUUGAUUUUGCUCUGAGGGGGGGUUUAGAGAUUACUAUUGCAAUACAUAAGAGGACGUUUUUGUCUCAAACUCUUGAUAUAACCGUCCCCUUACUACAUGCAUUAUCAACAACAUGCAAGGUGCUAUACUUGUAAGCUGCAUGGGGGAAGAUACACGUUACGGACCACGCACUAUUGGGGAAAAGGUGUGGCCACGUACAUCUAUAUUGAUAUGCAAUAGAGAUUUGGAAAAUGUUGGAAGAAGCAUUCCUGCCAAACGUGUGUAAACUAGUUCUGUCUGCAUUUGUGUUUUAAACUGAUCAGGAAGAAUUUCAGUUGCAACUGAUUUUUUUGUACCUUGCAUUUUGGGCGUUAAACGCCGGGGACAGACUAGAUUGAAAUUGGAUUAGCAUGUGAUAAUAAAACUCGCGGACCAAUACAUACAUUGAUCUCAUAUUGGAAGCCUGAUUGGGAAAAAAUGGGCAUAGAUAAUGCCAUUUAUAUUUUUUUCAUUCUUUGAACACCUGUGAUGAUUUUUGUGUACAUUGUUGAUUUUUUUUCUCUCGGUUAAACCUUGAACACGCUAUGGGUAUAUUUGUGUGUUAAAGGGACUUAUUUGUCUUUCUUUCUUUCUCCCUCCUUCCAUUGCUUUAUGAUUUAAACCGAUCACGGAUCCUGAUUUUGUUUCGAGAUAGUCCUGUUUGUGGUUUCGAUGAUGUCACAUUUUUUUUCAGUUUAGACGUCUGUAGCAAUAUUCAUUAAGCAUAUUAAAACUCUAUGCAAUUGCAUAUAUGUGCAUUGUAGGUUUGUGACAAAAUUAAUAGAUUACUGCUGUUUUAUAUGCUGAGAUCUCAUUUCUGUUAAAGAAAAGAAAAUCUUUCGUCUUUCGUUAAAAACAACUUAAGUUGUGUCUUUAUUUUAUUUUUAUUUUUUGAACACAUGUAACCUAAUAUUUAUGCAAUAUGUUAAGCCAUGCAAUAUGCCUUUGGUAUUCUCCUCUUUUUUUUUUACCCACAAUACAUUAUAACAGGAAAUAUCAAUAUUAGUAUGUCUGUAUGCAUGCAAAGAAACUUCAUCCUACAUGUUUAUGGACUGCAUUUCAUUGUGUAAGAUAAUUGUGUGUGACUGAAUGCGAAAUUCUUUAAAAAGAGUGAUUUGUGUUUGAAAAGGGUUUGUUUCCUUAUCUAAAUAAUAAAAAAGUCUUGCAAUAAUUAA